CCUCAGCUGGGUCCUGCUGGGCCGAGCUCCCCGGACACGGACGCCCACCACAUCCCCCCGCCCGGCUGGGGGCUCCUGCCCCGCCCUGCUCCCGGACGCCUGGGUCCCUGAUCGCUGCCGCGGGGAUGGGGCCCCGGGAACACCUGCUGCUGGUGUGGCUGGCACUGUGGCCCCUACUAGGACUGGGCGAGCCAGCCUCCGACGGGCCCCACAGCCUGGCCUACCACUACGUGGGCACCUACGACGCCUCGGGCCUGCUGGAGUUCGGGGCGGCCGGGCUGCUGGACGGGGCGCCCAUCGACGGCUACGACCGGGCCGCCCGCGCCAAGGUGCCCGCCCAGCCCUGGGUGGGCGACGGGCUGGACCCCGAGUACUGGCGCCAGGGGGGCGUCUCGCGGGCCGCCAAGGAGGACUGGUUCCGGCGCAACGUGGAGAUCCUGAAACAGAGAACCAACCAGACGCAGGGCCGCCACACCCUGCAGUGGGCGCUGGGCUGCGAGCAGGAGCCCGGGGGCGUGGUCCGCGGCUGGUACCAAUUCGGCUACGACGGGCAGGACUUGGUGGUGUUCGACCGGGGGAACCGGCGCUGGCUGGCGGCUCUGUCCUGGGCCGAGGCCACCCGGCGCCGCUGGGAUGCCCAGCCCGAGUUCGGGGAGCGGCUGUACCACUACCUGGGGGACACCUGCGUGGAGUGGCUGGGCCGGUUCCUGCGGAGCCGGCGCGCCUGGGCUAGGAGGGCAGCCGCCCCCCAGUUGCAGGCCUGGUCCUGCCCGACCCCCAGCCGCCCGGGCUGGCUGACUCUCGAGUGCUUGGCCUGGGGGUUCCCGACGCGGGACAUCGAGGUGUCCUGGCUGCGGGGGAACGCGACCCUGCCGGGGGCCGAGGCAGGCGCGGGGCUGCCCAGCGGGGACGGGAGCUACCAACGCCGGAGCCGCCUGCCGGUGCCCGAGGGACAGGCCCAGGGGGUGCAGUGCCAGGCCUCGCACGGGGACCUGGAGAUGCCCCUGGAGACGCCCCUGGAGACGACGUGGGCCCCCAGGAGCAUGUCGUGCAGAGGGGGCAUCUCCCCCGGGACCGUGGCCGGGGCGGCUCUGGGGGCGCUGGGAGGCCUGGCCUGCCUGGCCGGGGGGCUGCUGCUGCUGUGGAGGAGGCGAGCUGGCUGGAGCCUGGGAGAGUCCAAACUGGGCCUCGUCUCAGGCCAGAUUUUCCACCUGGACGCCUGGGUUCCUAGUGGCCGGAGGCAGAUCGCGUCCCCGGGCUGGACACCGCGGCCGUGCCUGGGCGUGCACAGAGACGGGCCGUCCCGUGGGGGCCGGGGCAGGGCCGGGGUCUCCGGCUCAGAGUGGCCGCACCCGGGCGUGCACAGAGACGGGCUGUCCCGUGGGGGCCGGGGCAGGGCCGGGGUCCCCGGCUCAGAGUGGCCGCGCCCGGGCAUGCACCCGCAGGUGGGCCGUCAGGUGGGAGCUGUGCCGGAAGCGCUUGCCGCAGGCGGUGCAGGCGAAGGGCCGCUCGCCCGUGUGGGUGCGCUGGUGCCCGGUGAGGGUGGAGCCCUUGCUGAAGGCCUUGCCGCACUGGGCGCAGGCGAAGGGGCGCUCGCCGGUGUGGGUCCGCUGGUGCUGCAGCAGGUCCGAGCUCUGGCCGAAGCGCUUGCCGCACUGGGGGCAGGGGUAGGGGCGCUCGCCGCGGUGCAGCCGCCGGUGCGUCCGCAGGUUGGAGCUGCGGCUGAAGCUGCGCCCGCACUCGGCGCAGGCGUAGGGCUUCUCGCCCGUGUGCACCCGCCGGUGGGCCACCAGGUCCGAGGCCUGGCUGAAGCGGCGGGGACAGUCGGGGCAGCGGUGCGGGCGCUCGCCCGUGUGGAUGCGCUGGUGCUUGACCAGCACGGAGGUGUCCCCGAAGCGCUUGCCGCACUCGGGGCAGGGGUAGGGGCGCUCGCCCGUGUGCAGCCGCCGGUGCGUCCGCAGGUUGGAGCCCCGCAGGAAGCCCCGCCCGCACUCCGGGCACCGGAAGGGCUUGUCGCCCGCGUGGAUCCGCUGGUGGGCCACCAGGGUGGAGGCCAGGCUGAAGCCAGCGCCGCACUGGCCGCAGCGGAAGGGCCGCUCGCCCGUGUGGGCCCGCUGGUGCUGCACCAGGUCGGAGCUGCGCCGGAAGCCCUUGCCGCAGUCGGGGCAGGCGAAGGGGCGCUCGCCCGUGUGCCGGCUCCGGUGGGCGGCCAGCCCCGACUGCACGGCGAAGGCCUCCCCACACUGGCUGCAGCGGUAGGGGCGCUCGCCGGUGUGCAGCCGCCGGUGCUUGGCCAGCGAGGAGCUCUGGGAGAAGGUGCGGCCGCAGUGGCCGCAGCGGUAGGGGCGCUCGCCGGUGUGCAGCCGCCGGUGCCGCUGCAGGGUGGAGCCGGCGCGGAAGCUGCGUCCGCAUACGGCGCAGUCGUAGGGCUUCUCGCCCGUGUGCACCCGCCGGUGCGCCAGGAAGUUGGAGCUGGCGCUGAAGGCCCGGCCGCAGUCGGGGCAGACGUAGGGCCGCUCGCCCGUGUGGAUCCGCAGGUGCUGCGUCAGGGGGAGAUGGGUUCAGCAGGGAGAGACCUGAUGCCAGGGAUGAGGGGUGCUCAGGAGACUGGCACUGAUUCAUCUUGUUCCUCACCCUGCUCCGUCCUCCCCUUUCCUUCCCACCCCCCACCCCCAGCGUCUCUCACCCUCCAGCUGCUCCAAACCAUCGUCUUCCCCAGCGCCAGCUCCGCGGACAUGGAGCUGAAGGCCCUGCUGGGCGACCUGGAGACCCACUCCCUGGACUGCAGCCCCUGCAAGAUCCGCUUCCUGCAGCCCUGGGCCCCGGGCCUGACCCCGAAGCAGUGGCAGGACCUGGAGCUGCUGAUCCAUCGCUACCAGUCCAGCUUCAUCCGUCUGAUGAACAAAGCGGUUAAGGAUGCAGGAGAGGGCUGCGCCCCUCCUCAUCCCCCUGCCCUCCCUGCUCCAGACCCCUUUGUUGCCCAGUUCUCCCCUGCCUGCGAGCUCCACCCCAACGGCUCCUCGACUCAGUUCUGUGACGCCGGGAUGAACGGCGAGGACUUCAUCAGCUUCGACGUGGGCGCAGGCACCUGGCUCGCUCGGCAGGGGGACAAGCUGGCGCUCGAGGUCUGGGACCUUCUCAGCCAGGACAGGGGCACGACCGCCAUGCUUUGGUCUCUCCUGAGAACAAUGGGUGUCAAUGGGAUCAAGAGCUUGGUCCAGCACGGGAGAGAGUCUCUGGAGAGGCAAGAGCGGCCGGUCGCCAUGGUGUUUGCCCGAGUGCCUCCCCCAGCCGGGACCCCCGCGCCGUUGCUGCUGGUUUGCCGGGUCACCGGUUUCUACCCCCGGCCCGUCCGCGUGGCCUGGCUGCAGGACGGGGAGGAGGUGGGGCUGGGCGGGCGGCUGAGCUCCAGCGGGAUCCUGCCCAACGCGGACCUGACCUACCAGCUGCGCAGCUCCCUGGCCGUGGGGCCGGGCGCCGGGCACAGCUACGCCUGCCGGGUGGAGCACAGCAGCCUGGGGGACCAGAGCCUGCUGAUCCCCUGGGAGCAGAGCUGGGGCUGGGGCCCCGGCCUGGCCGUGGGCAUCACCCUGGGGGCUCUGGUCAUAGCCGCCGUGGCCGGGGUGCUGUGGAGGAGCAGACGCAGGGGCUACCAGGACGUUGGACCAGGGGAGUCCAGGGCCUGAGGGCGGCACCGGCCCAGGUGUGGGCAUGGG